AAGAACGAGCCGAGAGGGUGGCUGCCGCCCCCCUCCUUCCCCGGCCUGACCGCAGCCCGACGCCAUGGCGCGGGUACCCCCGACGGGCCAGUUUCGAUUCCGGGCACCGCAUCAGCCUGCUCAACCCUUUAAAUUUACAAUUUCCGAAUCCUGUGAUCGGAUUAAGGAAGAGUUUCAGUUUUUACAGGCUCAAUACCACAGUCUGAAGCUGGAAUGUGAGAAACUCGCCAGUGAGAAGACAGAGAUGCAGCGGCAUUAUGUCAUGUAUUAUGAAAUGUCCUAUGGGUUGAAUAUAGAAUGCACAAGCAG